ACGCGCCCGGAAGUGCUGGGGGAGGGGUGUGACGUAUAUCCGGCGAGUAGCUGGCGGUCCCGGGUGCUGUUUCGCUGUGUGCUGUGAGGGAGGGUCGAAGCUGCCCGCCGCCGCCGGAGGAGCCCCUGGGGCCGUAGUAAGCAUUAAUAAUGUCUUUCAUCUUUGAGUGGAUCUACAAUGGCUUCAGCAGUGUGCUCCAAUUCCUAGGACUCUACAAGAAAUCUGGAAAACUUGUAUUCUUGGGUUUGGACAAUGCAGGCAAAACCACUCUUCUACAUAUGCUCAAAGAUGACAGAUUGGGCCAGCAUGUUCCAACAUUGCAUCCGACAUCAGAAGAGCUGACAAUUGCUGGAAUGACUUUUACAACUUUUGAUCUUGGUGGGCAUGAGCAAGCACGUCGGGUUUGGAAAAAUUACCUCCCCGCCAUUAAUGGGAUUGUCUUUCUGGUGGACUGUGCAGACCAUCCUCGCCUCAUGGAAUCCAAAGUUGAGCUUAAUGCGUUAAUGACUGAUGAGACAAUAUCCAAUGUGCCAAUCCUUAUUUUGGGUAACAAAAUUGACAGAACAGAUGCAAUCAGUGAAGAAAAACUCCGUGAGAUUUUUGGGCUUUAUGGACAGACCACAGGAAAGGGUAAUGUGACCCUGAAGGAACUGAAUGCCCGCCCCAUGGAAGUGUUCAUGUGCAGUGUGCUCAAGAGGCAAGGCUACGGCGAGGGCUUCCGCUGGCUCUCCCAGUAUAUUGACUGAUGUUUGGACAGUGAAAAUAAAAGAGUUUUACUUCUCUGGACUGAUCCUAUUCACAGCUUCCUCAUGAACUUUUAUAAUAGAACAAGGAAAGCUCUCCAACCAUGUCUGGCGUUGAGAAGCCAAGAGUCUCUGUCAGCUCUCAUCGCCCAGUGGUGACAUGUGCUCUUCUCCACACUGUUGGGAGGUAACGCUGCCCCACGUGCUGGUGCAGGUCAGCAUCCCGGGACUUGGAAGCUGGCAGGAUUUGCCGGGUAAAGCUGUGUGCCAUCAUGGGGCACCUGAAAAGAAAAACACGUCUCACCACUGUGGUUGAUUUCAAAAGAAAGUGAUUCUAUUUUUUAAAGAUGGUGUUGUUAAUGUAAUUGGUGUCCCUCCUAACUUUUUGAGUUAACAAUUUACUUGGUCCAGAGUUUUCUAUCCUUUUUUUUUUUUAAUCUAGUGAAUGGCAUUUAGAUACUUCAUAAAAUUAUGCACAGAUACAUCUUGGAGGCCAGCGCUCAGUCAAGUGAACUUACUCCUGUUGGUUAGCAGGCAAGUGAGAGAUGUGAGAGAUGCGCCCCUGUUUCUCACUGCCUUCUAGUGGGUGGCGUCACCUUGAGCACCGAGAACAGGAAAGGGUAGAGCCCUGGCCUCACAUUUGCGGCAGGUUUCCACUGGCAUGCUGGGGUCAUUCCUCAUCACGGAAUGCACAGCAGAUUGUUCACUGCAGAGGAGUUAAUCGUAUAGUGGGUUGUUGCUAUUACUAUUUUUACUUAGAAAGUUACAAAUUUCAGCUAGUCUCUGCUUUUAUACUGUUGGGAAAUCUCAUUUCUCUCUAGCACCUUUUUCAUUUUCAGUUCUAAAAAGUGACUUUCGCCUCAAAGUUGAGAACAUCUCUCAUGUUGUCAUACACUGCAGUAUGUCUCAGUUACUUUUGCACAGAUUCCUUUCAGAGAAUAUCUUCUGAAUUGGAGAGUCACACAGGACAAACUUAACAGCUUAAGAGCUCUGAAUUCUCUGAGUUGAGAACUUAAAAAUCUGGUGGUGCAGCAUUUGUUUGAAUCUAGGAAGGAUUUACGCAGUGAGCUUUCAAAUUUUCACUUGCAGAAUUUGGUCUCUAUUGGACUGUUCAUAAGCUCUGUCUUUUGAUCAGUUACCAAUUUUUUUGGUGUCUAAAGGUUAACAUCUGUAGCUUUUCCAGAUUUUUUUUUUUUUUUGGUAUGAAAUUGCCUUUCUCCAUUCCAGAAAUAAGCUGGGGAAACUCUAAUCCAAGAACUUUGUGUAGAGCUGUUCCUUUUGAGCCAGCAUCACUUAUUGUCAGUAAGCACCCCAGCAUCCCCUGUAGUGUGAUGACUAUUUUUAUAGCAUUCCAUUUUCUUAAUGCCACGUAUGAAAUUGGCUUUUCAUGAUCUUAGCUAAUAUUCUACCCUUGUAGUAAAAGAUGAAGGAAUAGGAGGUGGUCUUAAGAUAGGAGAAUACCUUCAUUCUUUUUCCUUUAAUGAAAGAUUAAAGGUAGUUUUGUUAAAAUUCAAAGUUAUAAUGAUGCUUAUUUACAGAGGAUUGAACUAAAUUGAGUGGAUUCUUGCUUCUAAUGUGAGGGUAGGGAAGGUGUGGAUAACAUAUUCCAGGAGUGAGAUAUUGUUCUUUAGUUGGAUUUCUCAUUGUUAGUCUUCACUACUGACUGUUGGGAAAGCAUACUUUUUUACAGGUACCAAAUGCAGAGGCUCAAUGAAGUAUAAGUCUGGGAAGAGCAUGCCUUUCAUUUAUUAGCAAGCAUAGCUGGAUUAAGACAAAAUGGUGGGUUUGGAAAAGGGUUAAAGCCUUAAGUGAACAAAUGUAGCUAACGGGGAAUGAACUGGCUAGUUAACUUGCAUACUUUUAAUUUCCUUUGUCUAAAGGUAACCCAUACUUCUCCAUUCAGAGACAUGAGAAGUAUGAGUGCUUCAGUGUUAGUUUUCUUGUUUUUGUUUUUUUCCUAUUUUUCCCUAGUCACUUUGUAGCAAGCUAGAAAACUAUGGAUUCUAGACAGGGCAGCUCUUUGUGAAAGUGGCUUAUUUUGGCCACUGGAGAAAGGGGAUUGAAAAGUCACGUGGCACCAGUCUACUCCUUACCCCACAGAAAACACCCUUCCUGUACUAAGAUAGUGGAAAGAAGCUGAUGUGAGGAGCUUGGCUCCUAACAGUGAGGAUUGGAGCUUUGUACAGGAACCCCCAUGAACUGAGACUUUUCAUUCUGUUUUAUCAGAGUGCAUAUAUGUCCUAUUUCAGGAAAAGUAAAAUGGUCAUUUACAAAAGAAAGUCAAUCUGUAUCCUUAGCAUUUUAAUAAAAACUUAAAAGAAA